AGAUCACACGUUUCACAGCUGGGUAGAAAUGGUAUAUAGAAUAGGUGCAGCGGCAUACGGCUAAACUAUUCUCGUUCCGCUGUCAUUGGCCCUUGGAUUGCAGCAAUUUUUGGCAAUCUGCUGGCGAAGGGGAAUGCCACGAGCCAGUGUGAUGUAAGAGGGAGCGAGAAGCAGCGAGCCAGACAAAGUGAUCACGAUGAGUAACGUUGCAGGCCCACGAAAUGGGAAGGGAAGCAGGGGAAGCAUGUACGCAGGGGUAGGGGUAGGGCUACCGUGGCAGACUCAGAUCAGACUCAUUACGAAUUAUUGAAAAGUGAGGAAAUCCAGCAGGUACGGUAUCGUGCCUUGAAUCGUCUCAGUCAAUCUAGUGUCCCUUGGUCUCCACAUCUGGUAGAUCAGGCGAGAGGUUUUUUUUUCUUUCUUCCUUCGCCUGCUUGUCUAAUGUCGUGUGCGUGCGUGUCCAAGUCUCUCUCUCCUAUCGCCCCGUAGUGGUCGGUGUGUCGUUUCGGUCGGUUGGUGUGUUUAGUUCGUUUGGAUCGGUGUUUUUUCAUCGUGCAUUCGAACGUAUGCGCAAAUAUGCGAGCUCAACAUGUGUGCAAGAUCGCCUCUGUAUUUGUGAACAACAGCACGGUACACCAUCCAAUCAGUGUGACCUGCAGGUUACAUUAGUUUUUUUCUUGUUGCCUUUUCGUGUGUGGUGUCGAUUUUAUUCUUGCUAGGCCAGCCGGACACAAAGAUAGAAGGAAAGAUAAAAAAGAAACAUCGAGCAGGCGGUGGAGUGCAUAUCGGCCCUGCUGAAAAAAUUGCAUGUACAUAGAGACACGAGCCAAUUGCAAUUGCAACAUAUUGAACCGCGCCGAGACAGUUGAAUUGCGACCAAAGUCAGCGAGAGAAAGUGAUCAAAUGUUUUAAGAGAAAAUAUCCUCUCAUAAGAAUCCAACCAGUCGUCCAUAGCUGCAUCAGUCUACUAUUGCGAAACAUUUACUGUGGAGCACAACACUAAAGGCAACAGUAAGAACUGCCUAUCUCUCUCUACCCUCCCCCCAUUCCCCAUCCCCCCCCCCACCUCCUCACUAUCCUCUCUCUAUUACCUUAACGGGAUUGAUCACAGGAGGCAGUGGUGGCGUGUGUUGUCUUGUGUUUCGUAGGAAGGAGGAAAACCGGAUUCAUAGUGCAUUCAGUGUAGUGGAUUGGUUUGCUCGAGACCGCACUCUCGAGGCUGACAGUGGUUUUGAAUGUGCGUCUUUGCUGGCGAAGAAGUGUAGUGGUUUGUGCGGCCUCGGAACUAAAGGCGCAGAUAAUAGAACUGAUAUAAAGUGUGUGGCAUAUUUUGGCACCGCGAAGUAUAUUUAGUCGUCCAUCGUGUGAAACGCAGAAAAGAAAUAUUUACACGCGAAAAAGAUUCCGUUUGUGUCCGUUAGGCUAAGAUCUUGGUGUGUUGCCUUUUACCGUGCAGCUUUCGUAUUACGCGGCGCGAGAGAGGGAGCGAAAGAGCGAGCGAAGGAGUAGGUGCGCGCACGCGCUUUGAUACACAAGUGUGUGCGUAUGUGUGCGCGCUGCGCGUGCUGUUCGUGGGGUUGUGUGCGUACGGUACGUGUGCGUGCGUGCACACACGAGAGCGGUGUGCUUUUUGCGUGCUCUCCGGUCGACCCCGUGCGCGAGUGAGCGAGAGCAGCUGGGCUGCACACUGCCGAGAGUGUUGGAGCGCGAGCGAGAGAGCGCUAAAGAGUUGAACGAAAAGAUAAAAAGAAGAAAUAUUUCAUUGAAAAUUUAACGUGGCAAAAUCGGUGGAACCUCCAACGGCAAAGAGUGCUGUGUGUUGCUGCUUCGAGCAGAAAGUGAACGACGGGGGAAGUAAUAUAGAGCCACCGAACCACUGCACACACUGUAGUGCUGCUGUGCGCGCGCGUGUGUGUGUGCGUGUGUGUGUGUGUGUAGAGCAAAGGGUGGCUCACCAAAAUAUAUCGAAAUAACGACGAAAUACGGGUGCAAUAUUGCGAAUUCCUGUAGUAUUGCACACAGUGUAGGUGUAUGUGGCAUUGCGGUCGUCAAACGUGUCAAAAGCUAAGAAAGUGAAAAGAAGUGUCCAGUGAUCAGUAGCAAGAUCAGCAACGGCGCAUAUCGCAGUGGCUAGAAUUAGUGAACUGGUGUGCUGUCACGUAGCCCGUAGCUGCUGCCUUCGCGACGAUUCCACUACAGAAGCAAAUUGGCAGCAAAGUAACAACACCGUGUGCGGUUUCGUGUGUAGUUGUGAGCGGCUACUACUAUUGUUGUUGGUUGGUACUGUGGAAGCUGAAGGUUUGGCCGACCGACAUAAACGGUGGUUGUUUUGCAACAACAACAACAACAACAACAACAUCAACAGUACACGCAGUAGCAGCAGCAGCAGUAGCAACAGCAGUAACAACAACACAACCAACAACAAGAACAACAACGACAACGGUUGCUGCUACCUUGCAUUGCUCACUCUAUAUAUAUAUAAUAUAUACACACACGCAUACAUUUACAAAAUAUACAGUCGCCGUUCUCUUUCGACCGUCCCUUGUCUUGUCUGUAUGCUGCCCUGGCGCAAGGUUGCUGAGCGGUAGUGCAACCAUUGUUUUCCUCUGCAGCAUUGGCUGCAAGACGCAGAAAAGGCACCGUCUGCUGCCACGAGCGAGCACCUAGUCGUCGCUCUUCCUAAUUCUUCACGCACACCUGUGCCCAGUGCCAUUACGACCACCACCAUUGGUUCCAUCUGGUUAUCAGUUGGACAGAGUGCAGCACCCCGUUGCCAAGAUGGCUGCUUUGUGUGCUGGAAGCUAUGGAUUGUCACAGCAAGGCAGCCUGAACGAUGAGAACAAGGAGUUGAUUUUCGUCAAGCUGACCGACUCGGCUCUGCGAGCCAUUGAAGAGUUUCAACGCACGCAGGCAAAAUUAGGUACUUCCCACAAUCCAUCGAUACAGUUUCUUCAGAAUGGCCAAGGCUUUCUAUCGUUCCCUUCCGGAGGCAACAAUGUACAGAAGUUUAACUUCUCCAUUACCGACAUUGACACUGGUUCGAUCGAAUGCAUUCAGCAGGCCCAGGGCCAGCUACAAAAUAUGGGCCAUAUUCCACACAAAAUGCGGAUACACGCAAACGAUGAUGUUUACGAAACCACGAGGCACAGGCUUGCCGCCGCAGAAGAAAAUCAAAAGAACAAGUGCACUAGGGAAAUCAAACCUAAUCAAACAGAUAUUGGGCGUAAAGUGAAGUUAAAAAACCCAGCCAUCCGUAACAUUCCUAGUAAUAAUACAGCAGUUGUAAACAAACGUGAUUCUAUCUAUAGCAACAAUUCUGUGAAUAAGACAUCCUCCGUAGCAGCAAGCCAGCUAUCAUCUAAUAAUAGUGUUAAUAGUUAUAACAACCUAGCAACAUCACCAAAACUAGCUAAAACUAACGGUCUGCAUCAGUCGUCCCAACAACAACUACAGUCUCAACAACAACUGCAACAGCAACCUCUGCAACAACAGCCACAAUCGCAGCAUCUGCUUCAACAAAACAAUCAUCAGUCACAACCACCAACUCAACUGCCUCCUGUGCAGGCGAAACCCGGAUAUCAGCAUACCGUUCAUGAUCCGCCUAAUUCGCAGCAGCAACACGUACCGAAGCUGUCUGAGAAUGGAAACUCUCAGAGUAGGGUAGCGAAUGGAAGGCCAAAGGCUGCGAAUCCAGAUUACAUGAAAUGCAACAUAAAAGAACGUCUUAUUCAUAUGCUAGCAUUGAAGCCAUACAAACGGCCAGAGUUGGUUGUAAAACUGCAGCAAGAUGGAGUCCGUAAGGAAGAGAUGAAAUGUACUCAGCAGAUACUAAAAACCAUAUCCAGCACCCGAGACGGUGUUCUUAUACUGCAUCGGAACAUAUGGAAUGAAGUACAGGAUGAUUGGCCGUUUUAUUCUGAACAAGAUCGACAAGCCGUAAAACGGAGGAGGCCACAAAACUUGACGCCUCCUCUUAGCUCAGACGGUGGCUCAUCAACUUCUGGUCAGAGUCCUUCUAGUACACAUAACGGGAAUAGUCCUCAAUCGGGUAGCAAACGAGCUGUGCUUGCGGGCAGUGAAGAAGUUGGUUCUACUCCCACUGCCAAAAAGCAACGAAUCAGUCAUUACAAGAAAGAAACUACUUCGGAUCAUACGAGUAGACGCGGUAUAACAGAUUCCAGAGACAGUAGCAAUAUGAAUCCACGAUCCAGGGAACAAGAUGAUCACAAAAAUCAUCACCACCACAACCACCACCAACAUCAUCAUCAUCAUUCCAUACGUUCGUCGCACUACUACGGACCAAAUCUAACGCCUAAUGCCCAGGAAUCAGAAGAUGGUGUUAGUUUGAGCUACUCACUCGUAUCGAACGAUGUUGCGAAACGGAUAGAAUCGUCGGUGUGUGAUGCAGAAGCUGAACGGGAGCCAUUCGAUACUGGCUAUCUGGAUGGUGCGCAGCAGAUGAACGGCGGGGGAGAAGAUGAUUUUGUAAACCAAUUUACAAGGAUAACAUCAGUUGAGCAACGGCGUAGAUACAAGACUGAAUUUGACAACGAAUACAAGGAAUACCGGCGGCUGCAUGAAGUUUUGGAGAAUGCUUCAAGAAAGUUUGCUCAGUACGAAGAUGAUCUGUCGCACGAACCGAAGGAUACACAACGCUACAAGGAAAUUCAAUUGAAAAUUCUGAAAGAAUACGAAAGAAGUUUUAAAAACGUCAAAUUUCAACAAGACAAAGAGCGGUUUAACUAUCUUCAUAAAAAACUGUCUCAUAUCAAGCUACUUGUACGUGACUACGAUACUUCGAUAACUAACGGCUCGUGCAGGCCACAGGAGAAUUACUGACGAUUGUUGAAGCACAUGAAGCGCUCGUAUUUUGUAUGUUGAAAAAGACAAUAUUUAUUUUGAUGGGAUAAAUCAAUCAAUCGCUUCGUAAGCAGACAUUUUCGUACAUGUUGCGGGAAAACUGUCAACAUUGUGUUAUUAUCUCUUUGUUUUUGAACUUACAUUGUAAUUUUUAAAGAGUUUUUGGAACAAGCAUUAGGACGGCGUAUUGAUUUGAGCACAGCUUCACACUGAGCGUAUUACGAAUGAAACUACGAGCCAAAAUGUCGAAAUCAUCACGAGUUAACUAAGUUAGCAUUUAUGAAUCAUCGACAUGUUUAACCGAUGCAAUUGGUUCAAUUAUCUUCUUACAAUUUCCUCUUUUUUGAUUCAUUUUCUUAAAGUUUCUAUUCAAUAACGUAGCUGUCUGUUGAACAGUUUUAAUACGAUUUAUUCUCAACUCUCUCGUUAUACUUUUGCUUAUUUGCUAAAAACGGCUGUAGUAUACUUAUGUUAUGGGUUGUAUGAAUUAUUAAGUUUAUUGAUAAUUUCACAACCGAUUCUCCUCCUCUAUGAACUGUAUUUAGAAUGAGUGACACACAUCCGAUUAUACUCAUAUGCCUCAUUGUUGAGAUUGAAAUUUACUGUCUGGAUUUUUAAAUGUCAAUGCGAAUUGUUUUUGUGUGCAAAUCCAAUCACCUUGUACAGGAUGUGUUUGUCAUGCAUUGUCUGAGAAAAUAAUGUCAAGUAUGAACAAUUUUGAACACUAAAAAGUGAAGCUAUCAAUUUCAGCGUUGAACGAUCGUUUAAACAUGUGUUUAAACAUCUACAAACUUACAAAGGAUCUUUAAUGUUGAGGCAAUGAUAUUGAAUAUGUUGAAGAGCAUGACAGUAGAUCUACAAGAGUUUAUUUGAUUGCAUUGAUCCCGCGCAAAUCAUUAGAAAGCUAUAUAGUUAAUAUGCUCGAUUGAGGUUGAUCCUGUAACAGUAUAUAGUUGCCCUCGUGCUACAGGUAAGGAUUACAGUAAUGUAACUUGUAAUAAAUUUCACGGUUGAUUUAGAGAAAAGUAGCAAAUUGUCUUAAAUCUACUGCGCAGUCGCGUGUAAUGGCUUGGGAAUGAAAAAAGGUUAUUUAGUUGACUAGUGUUCCUUUUUGUUUGUUCCGUUAGUUAAUUGGUUAAUCAUUGUUUUAUCUAUAAGGUUAUUAAAAAGUAGCGCAAAGGUUAUGAUAAAUUGUCAGAAACGUGAAAUACAAAAGAAACCGUUCGCCACCGCCCGUUACUGCAAGCACAGUUAAAUUAGCAAAUGUCCGUUGUGUUAAGUGACAAGUAAAAAAACAGUGAAUGAAGGUUUGAGCUGAUGGAAAUGACAUGCGUAUCGGUAAUACUUGUGAUAGUGAUAUCAAUGAGCAGUGUACCAAGAGCAGCGCUACUACACACGUUAUUUGUAAGGAGCUUAUUGUUUACGAAACAAGCAACAAAAACACACACAUUGCCGCAUAUGUGCUCGCCAUUUGUUCAACUUAUUUCUAGUUUCUUCUUAACAUGAGUUAAUAAGUGGAAUUGUAGCAAAGGGGCAGUAAGGAAUUUCGUCGAAAGAAAACGAAAAGAGAUAUUAGUGCCACACUCUGUAAUCGAGGAAAAAAUAUUACGCAUUACAAGAACAUCCAUUGAUGCAAAAGCAUCGUAUGAAGCUUGAUUUGUAAACCAAUUGAAUUAAGUAUCAAAUUUAAAUUACUGCAGGAGUUGCUAACGUUUUCCGGAAAUGAGAUUUUGAAUUCAUGAACCCAAAUAAUGCAACACGCUCCGAUUGUCGGGAAUGAUUUGAUCUUCAUGUUUUUGAGCGUUGCAAAAUCGAUGGCAUAAAUGUGCCAUGAUUGCCUUGUCAGAAUCAGGAAGAACCUAACAAUCAAAAUACGCUACCCAGUUCGUGUUAAGUAGCGUAAACUCGUAUACCAAACAGGAUAGAAAACAUGUCCUUUUUUGUUUGAAUUUCUUGGAUUAUAAAUUGUCUAGCAAUUCAAUUCAAACACAAACUGACGACACUCUGGCCAAUUCAUCAUAGAUAAUUAGAUUAUCUGCGCUUUGUUACCACAAUUCUAAUUAAAUUAUGUUUGGUAUUUCACUUUUUUUGAAAUUUGUGUUUUUUUUUUCAAUGGCCCAUGUUGGCGAUGGCAAAACGAUAGUAGUCGAUGUGUUAACAGUAAGGUUUAGACAGAAUUUGUUUCGAUAUACAUAACCGCUGCUUCAUAACUCAACCGUGCAAUGUUGAAAUAAACUAAUGAAUUGUACAUUGUAUGCAAUGUUUUGCAGGUGGUAUACAUUUAAUUGAA